GGAUACAAAGUUCGAACUCUUUGAUGACGACAAAUCCGAUUCCAAUGCGCCUCCAUCAUACGACGCAGUUUCCAUGUCCUCGAUAUCAGCAGAUUCUGUCCAAUGCAGACCACCACCUGUAUUUUCCAAGGAACAGAUCAAGCAGAUACGUACCACCGUUCUAUCUCUCAUCCGUGAUAUGGUCACCGCACCGGAUUUCAUCCCUUCCUCUGUCGGCCCAAUUAUCGACGCCUGUGCUACUUCUCUCCCAGCUGCAGAGUUCACAGCUCUCCUUCAAGAAUCCAAUAUUACGGGUCACACACCCUUGUAUUGGGCAGUCGUGAAUAAUCGACCAGAAGCUCUUUCAGCUUUUUUAAAAUUCAUCGCCACAUACACGUAUAAUUCCCUUGACGACCUGCGUCUAGCAUGUAUGGCAACUAGUAACCAUGCAUGGUUUACGUCGCUGAAAUUGACAACCACGCCUCGUUAUAGGAAGGGCUUGGGUUUGAAUCGAUCUUUAGGUUAUCCGAGAGAUAAGAUCCAGGUGUAUCAUGAAGGAAAUUUACAGAACCAGUUCACUUCCAAAAUCCAGAUCAUGAUGUUCCAGAAACGCAUGCGCGUUACACAAGAAAUAUACGUGGAAUUGAUUGCACAAGGACGCAUAUGGUGCUUGCUCUUCUAUAUGGGUGUUGACACAAAGUGGCGCGUUAGCUUUGGGCUUGCUAAGGACAGCUUGCCGGCGCGUCCAAAAGCUUUACUCAAGAUUGAGGCACAGAACGAGCAAUCUCAAGAUCUGCAGAUAAACUUCGAACCGAAGGAGGAUUAUUUGCUUGCACCCGAGGGAUAUACGAACUCUUCUAUCCAUACUUGCGAGUCCCUCUCUGCCUCGUUGGACGACGUGCUGAUGUUCAACGAUGCCAUAUAUACAGACUCGGAUGGCGCCCUGCAUGCAAAUUUGGAGGUGACGUUACUGUAGCACUGGCUGACAGUGAGAAUAGGAGGCCGGGGAGGAUACAGCUGGAGGAUGGUCAGAUAUGUCUAGUUAGUGCUAUAACAUGAUCUCACAC